GUUUGAGUAAGAAGCACUUUCAACAGAGAACGAACUUGACUGCCUUAAAGUCUUCAGCACCAGUCUCCAGUGCUAACAACAUGAUUUGGCUGUUCCAGUUUCUCACGCUUGUCUUCUGCGUUGGCCCAGGGAACACAAUUUCUCAAACCCCAUUCAUAGGGGUGCUAGAAGAGUCAGUAACUCUUCCCCUGAAGUUUCCUGCAGAAGAGGAGACCCAGUCCAUCACCUGGCUUCAUAAUGGAACAUCUAUCAUCUUCAUACAGCCAAAAGAAGCACUAAUUCAGGUGACUGAUCCAAAAUGGAAAGAUCGACUGAAAGUCACCCAGUCCUACUCCUUGCAGAUCAAAAACCUGACGAUGGCAGACACAGGACUUUACCGCGCCCAGAUAACCACAAUGACCUCUUCGGUGAUUUCCGAUUACAGUCUGAGGAUUUUCAGAAGACUGAGGAACUUACAAGUUGCCAAUUACAUGCAACUGUAUGAGAAUGGGACCUGCGAGAUCCACCUGACCUGCUCUGUGGAGAAUCCAAAUGACCAUGUCUCAUUUAGGUGGCAGGUCUCAGGAAAUAUACUCCUAGAGGAAGCAAACUUCACAAUCUUCUCGGACCCUAAGACUUCCAGUGAACAGACCUAUUACUGCAUAGCUGAGAAUCCUGUCAGCAAUUUAUCCUUCUCUUUCUCUGUCCAAAGUCCCUGCAAAGGUGUUUUUAAUGAGAAAAAUCAACACCUGAAAAUCAUAUGGAUUACAGUAACAAUAGUAUUUUCUUUGAUUGCUAUCGCUGUGUGCUUAUUUGUUUCAAGGAAAAAGCUAGCAGGUUCCUCAAGUUUCUCUAUUCAGCAAACCCAGAGUCCUGCAGAGACCCUGAGAAACUCAGAGUAUGAUCCAUUCUCUCCAGGGAACACUGUGUAUGCUCAGGUCACUCAUCCAAACAUGAGAAUGGAAAACCCAACACCUAUGAAAAACAAUGAUUCCUCCACAAUUUACUCCACAAUUUAUCAAUCCAAACAGAGCAACUGCCCUUGACAAUGUCAUCUAAGUUGCUGAAAGGUCUCAAAGGAAUUCAAGAAUGAUGCAUCUUCUCUCCCGAUACCAUGGAAGAGAACAGAGCUUCAUUUCUGCCUGGCAACAGAAUUUGAACAUCUAGGAUUAUCAUUUCCAGUCCUUCAGACUUGAACCUACUUUCCUAGGUGAAACAUUUAAGGAAUAACAUCAUUUGCAGCCUGUGAUCCAAAUAGCAUUUUCUAAUCUGCUCCAGGCCAAAACAUGCUUCAGAUAACAUACCUUGAUAUUGACUUUCUCUUCGGUAACUAAGCAAAUGGAGUUAUGGUUGACAGAGAGACUAUAAUUCAGAAGACAACCAUGUCUCUCCUUUUAGAAAGCGGAAUUAUGACUCACUGGGAGAGAGUACAAUGUGUUGGUUACAUGUGUUUUCUCUGGAGUUCGAUGGAACCAUGCUCAAAUCCUCAUACUUCAUUUCCUAGACGUUAUCUCCUGAGAUGUUACCUAAGCUUUUGGAGCUUUGGUCUCCUAAACUGAAAAAGGAGAAUGGUAAUACAUCAUCCCCAUUACUCAAAACAGGAACCUGAGUUAUCCUUGACUUCAGCUUCUCUAGCUUCCAAAUAUAUGCACUUCUCUCCAAACCUUCAACCACCAUCCUAUAUCCAACCACUAUCAUCUCUAACUUGGAAUACUACAAUAAACUUUGAACAACUCUCCCCAACUUUUGCUCCCUCCACUCCAUUAUCCACAAGACAGCCAAAGUAAUAUUUUUAAUGUAAAUCAGUUCUUUCACUUGCCUGUUUAAAACCCUGAAAGAUUACCCCAUGCACUCAGAAUGAAACUGAGUCGCCAUGGCCCUGGAUGGAUUAGCUCAUCUCCAGCCUCAGCCAUUAUCAUAUGCCCACCACUAUCUCCAUUUAGCCUCCCUGAUCUUCUCUCAGCUCCUUUAUUAGAGGAAGGAGUUACCUAUGUUAGAGUUAUUCACAUCUGCCUCAAGGCCUGGUUCCAUCUUAUUCUUUAAGUCUCAGCUUACAUAUGCCAUCUUCUAAAAGAGACCUUUUCAGAUCACUCUAUCUGAAAUGGACCUCCCCCCAGCCCCAAUUAUGCUGUCACACCUGCCAUGUCAUUUAUCACAUGUCACUAAAUAUUUAUUUUUAUUUGUUUAAUGUGCGUUUCUCCAACUCUACCAUAAGCUCUCUAGGAGCAGUGACCAUAAUAAUUUUAUCACUCUAUCCCUAGCACCUAGCAUGGUAUCUAGCACAUGGCAAAUGUUCAAUAAAUAUUUUUAAUAAAUAAAUGAAUGUAUAAUAAAGUUUUAUGAGAAUUAACUAAGACAAUGUAGGGUGUCCCCCAUGGCCCCAGGCCAAUGGGGCCGCCUUCUCAGUGGAUGGGGGUGACCCAGGGAUGGCUGGGUGGGAGGACACCUGUGUCUGCAGCUAUACCUGGAGGACUCCGGCUGUCGGAUCCAGAAGCGGCCUGGCUGGCUCUUGCCUCCCAGACACCGUUGCUUCACGGGACACCCUGAGAGUGGGAACAGGUGCCCCCACCUGUCAGGAGUUUGGCGACAUGGGCAUGAUCUGGCAGCAGCACUAUUACUGCUGCUCGGUGGCCAGGGCAGCCAAAUCCACCCUUGCUGCCCUCCCCGUAGCAGGUAGGGCACCCC